GCUGCUGAAGGGGCCAAGGCUUGGUUGUGAGUGAAGGCAAGAAGUCAGCGCUAUCCUUGUGAGCUGCGCCUGGAAACAUGGAUGUGGGAGAAGUGCUCAGCUACCAGCCCAACAGGGGCACCAAACGCCCCUGGGAUGAGGAAGAGCUGAAAAGGCCCAAGAAACUAGCUGGUGCUGGAGGGCUCUACCGCUUUCGGGAAGAGGGAAUGACGGCGGGAAAAGCAGCAGAUGAUGACCAGAAGAUGCUGCUUCAGAUUGUGGACAACGAAGGUGAGGGGAAAGAGGAAGAGGAGGAACCACUGGAUGCCAGCUCCGUGAAGAGAAUGAUCCUGACCUUUGAGAAGAGAUCCUACAGGAACCAAGAGCUGAGGGUCAAGUUUCCAGACCAGCCCGAGAAGUUCAUGGAAUCCGAGCUGGACCUUUAUGACAUCCUCCAGGAGAUGCACGUGGUGGCCACCAGGCCGGACCUGUACCCGCUCCUGGUGGAGCUGAACGCCGUCCCAUCUCUCCUGGGGCUGAUGAGACACGACAACACAGACGUGGCCAUCACCGUGGUGCACCUGCUGGAGGAGCUGACAGAUGUGGACGCGGUCCACGAGGGUGAGGAGUGGGGAGCGGAGGUGCUGGUCCAGGCGCUGGCGGACGGGCAUGUGGUGGCGCUGCUGGUGCACCACCUGGAGCGCCUGCGGGAGGCGGUGGCGGAGGAGGCGCAGGGCGUGCACGACUCCCUGGCCCUGGUGGAGAACAUGGCAGAGUUCCGGCCCCAGAUGUGUGCGGAGGCCGCCCAGCAGGGCCUCCUGCACUGGCUGCUGAACAGGCUGAAGGCCAAGAUGCCCUUCGACGCCAACAAGCUGUACUGCAGCGAGGUGCUGGCCAUCCUGCUGCAGGACAGCGAUGCCAACAGGGCCUUGCUGGGGAAGCUGGGCGGGAUGGAUGUGCUCUUGCGGCAGUUAUCCGUGUUCAAGAGAAGGGAUCCCGGCACCGCGGAGGAGCGGGAGAUGAUGGAGAACCUGUUUGACUCGCUCUGCUCCUGCCUGCUGCUCAGUGCCAACCGCGAGCGCUUCCUGCAGGGCGAGGGCGUUCAGCUGAUGAAUCUCAUGCUCAGGGCCAAGCGGGUGUCGAGGAGCAGCGCCCUCAAGGUGCUGGACCACGCCAUGCUCGGGCCCGAGGGCACAGGCAGUUGUGAUAUGUUUGUGGACAUCCUGGGCUUAAGGACCCUCUUUCCCCUCUUCAUGAAAUCUCCCAGGAAGAUCAAGAAGGCGGGGAGCACCGAGAAGGAGCACGAAGAGCACGUCUGCUCCAUCCUGGCUUCCCUCCUGCGCAACCUGACAGGCCAGCGGCGAGCCCGGCUGCUGGGGAAAUUCGCCGAAAACGACAGCGAGAAGGUGGACAGACUGAUGGAGCUGCAUUUCAAAUAUCUGGAUGCCGUGCAAGAGGCCGACAAGAAGAUGGACGCGGGGAAGGACUACGGGGUCCUGCGAGGGGAGGUCCUGGACAGCGACGCUGAGGAGGAGCUCUCCCUGCGGCGCCUGGACGCGGGGCUCUUCGUCCUGCAGCACAUCUGCUACGUCAUGGCGGAGAUCUGCAACGCCGAGGCCCCCCAGAUUCGGCAGAGGGUUCACCAGACCUUAAACAUGAGAGGGAGCUCCAUCGACGUGGUGAGGGACAUCGUCAAGGAGUACGCGGAGAGCAUCGGGGAUGGCAGCAGCCAAGAGUUCAAGGAGAGCGAGCAGCAGCGCAUCCUGGGCCUGCUGGUCACCCUCUAGAGCCCG